AGGCUCUACAUCUUGGUGGUAUGCUGCUGAGGUACGGAUAUGUCUACCCCCUGAAAGAACCACGAUGCCUCAUCUUACAACCUGACGAGUCACCGUACCGCUUCCAGACUCCUUAUUUCUGGACAAGUACAAGAUGGCCUGCCUCAGAGCUGGAUUAUGCAAUCUAUUUGGCUAAAAAGAACAUUAGAAAACAAGGAGAACUGAUGGAAUAUGAAAGGGAAAGGUACAGUCUUUUGCACAAGAGGAUCAACCACACCUGGGACUUUGUUGUGAUGCAAGCAAGAGAGCAACUCAGAGCAUCCAAACAGAGGAGGAAAGCUGACCGGAUUGUUCUUGCGUGUCAGGAGCAGGCUUACUGGCUCAUCAACAGACCCCCGCCAGGGGUGCAGAGUGUUCUGGACAUGGGUCUAGAGCGACCAAGUAGCCACAGCGUACAAGCUGCUCUGCGUGCCCGUCCCGACUCGUCUCCGAGUGGAGAGCUGGAGCUUCAGCUUCGUGAAGCUUCUGUCGGACCCCAUGGGGAGGCGGGAGUUCAUGACAUACCUGGAGAAGGAGUUCAGUGCGGAGAAUCUGUGUUUCUGGCAGGCUUGUGAGGACAUUCGACACGGCGAAAGUUCAAGAAUCGUAGAGAAAGUGGAAGACGUUUAUGAAAACUUCCUGGCUCCUGGAGCGGCCCGCUGGGUUAACAUCGACAGCAAGACCAUGGCUAAAACCCUGGAGGGGAUGAAAUGUCCGCACCGCUUCGUCCUGGAUGACGCUCAGAUGCACAUCUACUUCCUCAUGAAGAAGGACUCGUACCCCAGGUACUUAAAGUCUGACCUGUACAAAAGCCUGCUGAGCAAAGCUGUGCUUCCUCAGGAGAGCAAGAAAAGCGUGUUUCCCUUCAUGAGGCGUCAGCGCCACUCCAGCCCCUCCCCGGCUCAGGCUGUUGCCCCGGCCACCGACGACGAUGACGGGCGCGCAGGUAGCAACGCUGCGGUGUGACACAGCGCCCCGCCUUCCGCCUCCCAACAGUCACUUUCUCUGUUCGGCUCCGCCCACUCUGGAUGUGACAGCUUCACCUGGACACGGACAGGUGGUCGGGUCUCAGCAGCGCGAGGAGGGGGCGGAGCUUUUAGUUGUAGUUUCUUUCUCUCAAGUCUUCAGCUGACAGACAGUAGAGCAGAGCUGUAUUUUGUAACCUGUUCAGGCUGCAGCUGCACAGUCUGACUGUUGGUGCUGGAAGUUUACUUUAAGCAUGUUUUCAUCUGAAUAAAACGUCCCAAACAGCA